CACAUGCAUUAUCUCUCCAGCAGUCCUGAGGCAGGAAACCCAGGGGUUGUACUCAGUGAACAUAGACGUACUGGUGUUGACCCAUACAGCUGGUGGGAUGCUGGUCUUUGUGAAAGGAGCUGUUCGGUCACUGACUGUUAGCAGAGCUGGGCGUCUUCUCCAGAAUCGUCACUCCAGCAUCUACAGCAAGCCACCAAAAAACAAGAUUGGACCCGGACAAAGUUUCUUCAUUUUGUCUGUGUUUGCUGUUGCACUCCUGGCUCCUGCCGGCUGGAUUCUGCAUCACAUCCCAGAGUAUCGCCAGAGACCACAAACUCCAACUUCUUGAAGAAAACCUAUCUCUGCUCGGGUCAACUUACCUGAUGAGACUUGGCUGCUUCUAGGUCAUUAUUCACCUGCAACUGACUUCAUAUUAUACAACAUAGACCUAUUAAACUUUUAGUAGUAAUAAUAGUGUCCUCUUGUUGAGAAACAGAAUGUAAUGAGAUGGUGUUUAAUGCCUUAGGACCGUUGCCCUUAAUGCCACUGUAAGCAAAAUCUGUGGACUUUAAUGCAGUCAGUGACUGCACGUUUUCUUCUAAUAAAAUGUCGCCUUUA